AUGUCAACCACCACAACCACAACCACAACUACCACUACUGAAACCUCCUUGUAUGCUUCGUUUCAAUCAGUGCAAUUUCCAAUUCUCAACACAAACAUGUUCAAACCUCUCCAAGUGAAGAAUUACAUCUAUCUUCCUCCUGUUGAUUCUCCAGUGAUUGAUUUUUGUCAAACGGUGGAACAACAAAAUUCAACUCUCAAAUUAAUGGUCUCUACAAAAAGUCAAUUCUUGUUUCCAACUUGGAAUAUGAGAAUGUUGGAUUGUAUGGAUUAUUUUUGUUUGAAUCCUUUGAAUACUGCUAACAUGACGGCACGAUUGUACAGUAGUGAAAUAUUUCGAACAGAGUUUGCUUUCAUUUUCAAUCAUUGUUUUUUGUGUGAUUCUUCAAGUGCCAUUCAAUUCCGUCAAACCAUUUCUGUCACUAAUCACACAUGUCCAAACUUUCCAACCACAUUGAGCAAUGUCGUGAACAUGAUGACCUCUCACUGUCUCAACUCCAUCGGCAUUUCCCAAGGAGCCUCCAACUUAACUCUCAACAAUGACACUCCCUACUCCAAAGAUGGUAAAGGCAUUCAUUUCGGUAUUAUGGAUGCCAGAUAUUACGAACCUUCUCCACCAAGCAUUUAUUCUCUCACUUUCUCCAAAGUCAUUCCAAAAGAUCCAUCCAAAGACACUCUCUCCUAUUUUAUGAAUUUAUAUUUUCCUCUCACCAACAAGUCACUUUUCGAUGCGAGUUCGUUGCCCAUGUUUUGUCAUUGUGGCAACACGAAUGAUUAUGCGUAUCGAUGUUACGAUGUGAAUCAUGCAUUUCUUGCUCCUUACAAGUAUUUUGCUACAUGUAUUAUAUUUCUUGUAGUCACCAUGGUGACAAGUGUUUUGUUUGUGUUGGGAGUGAUCCUUCCUCGAUGUUCCUAUUGUUAUGGUGUCUUGUCGAAAAAUCGAAGAUUUAACAAAGAUGAAGCUUUCUUUUUUGGAAGUACUACAACAGGACCUCGACAAUACUUGAGAGCCAUCUUCUUACUCACAUUGGGCGAUAUUAAGGCACAUAGUAUCUUUUGGAAUUCCAUCUUGUUGGUUUUUUCGUACUUGACACAAAUUUUCUCUCUCACACGAAACUUUUCAAUGCCUAUUUUGAAGUUUGUCAUUGAUGACGUUGGAGGAACUUUGAGAGCGUUCGUAUUCAUCAGUCUCGGACUCUGUUUUUGUUGCAUGGUCAUUCACUGGAGUCAUACCUUGGAUUUGAUUAAUAAGGGAAAGUCGAAGGGACUUCUUUCGUGGUGGAAUACUGCCAUCACCAUCUUCUUUUAUGUCUUUUUCCUUUGCUUUGUGAUUGCUGGUAUUAUUUCAUUGGUGGUCACUGGGCAGACCUCCAUCUUUUUCCAAGUUCUCUCCAUUUUCUACUUUUCUUUGAGUAUUCUCUUUUGUGUGGCUUUUUCCAUUGCAGGAAUUACCAUUUUAGUCAAAAUGAGAAAAACUCGGAGUGGUGGUGGAAGUGCCAGUAGUGUCCUCAGUGUAAAAUUGACCAAAUCCAUGAUGAUUUUGAAUGUUUCCAAUUUCCUUCUCGCCAUCAUUGCUGCCCUUAGCUUUGCCACUUAUUAUCAAGGAUGGGACGUUUUCACAGUCGAAUUGGGUUUACUGAGAUCGACCUCCUACGAUGUCUUGUUACUCUUUGCUUCGAAUUGUAUCAAUUAUAUUCUGUAUUCGAGUGUGGAGAGUGAAGGAAUUUACGGAAAGAGAGUGAGUGAGGGAAUUCAUCGAUUCAUAAAUUGUGAAUGUUUGGGUGGAGAGGGUGGAAGAAAACAACAACAACAUUACAAUCCAUCCACUUCUACUGCUAAUCAUUCGACAGAACUAUUCAAAGACAAGCAAGUGGAACGAGUGAAAUCCCACUCACAACCCUCUUCACCUCAAAACUCAUCUCCAUCUUCGGGUAUGGGUUUAAUCAUCGAACAGAAUAUCCAGAAUUCUGAUAUGAUGAUGAUUUCCUCUCCAUCUUCUCCAAGUGUGUAG